UGUUUUGAAGAAGUAAAAUGAGUUCAAAUAAGUGGUGUUUUGUCCCUGGGUGUAUUAAUACUUCAAAAAAUAAUCCACAGAAAAUCUUCAUCUCUGUGCCUCGGAAUGUUUUAAAAAAGAAGAAAUGGUUUGCCGCAGCGAGAAGGGAAUUAAAAGACGUUUCAUUGAAAACCAUAUUUUUUUGCUGUGAAGAUCAUUUUAACCUUACCGAAGACAUGGAAAAUUAUUAUGAAUACAAGCUAAGCAAAGUUCAGGCUCGAAUGAAGCCAGACGUAGUCCCGCAUAUUUUCGCUUGUCAAACUGAUAAAAAAUCAAAUAAUCCCCGCAUAAGUAGUGAAAUAAGAUCGCGGAAGAGAAAAAUUUCUGAAAUUUUAAUUGAUUCAGAAAUGAAUCUUUCCGAAAACGUAAUUGAUGAUUCACCAAAUAUUAUUACACAACCAAGUACAUCUUUCCAUUCAACCGAAGAAACUAAGAACUCAAGUGAUAAAAUUAGUUUUUCUUGUCAGGCUAAUCCUGUCAAAUAUCGAAGCGUCCAGGGUUCAUUACCUGUAAAAAAUAUUAGCACAUCCCCUAUAAAAUUUGCAGUGCCGGAAUUACCCGUUAUUCCUGGCAGUAAAAAAUCAAGACUUGUGCGAUUCAACAGCGAUGAAGGCAGUGCAUCCGAGAUAAACUUUGGUGCAAGUGGUUCAAGUGCUUCUUUGGUUUCGUCUCAUUCUUCAGACAACUUUAAUUUAAGUGACGCAUUCAAUAUAAAAUUCGUUGGAGAAGUGGAAAAAUAUCCAGAGCUGUACGAUUUUAAUCUGCCGGAAUAUUCGAGAAAAGAUUAUAUAGAGAAAGCGUGGAGUGAAAUAGCUCAGAAAGUAAAAAUGAAACGGGAAUGUAAAGAAAAAUGGAGAAAUUUGAGAAGUACGCUUGCCAAAAACUUAAAGCCUAAACCUGGUAGUGGAGGAAGAAAAAAAUUAUACUACCUGAAGGAAGCAAUGCAGUUCGCUGUUCCCUUUAUUAAAAUAUCCGGCACCACAACUGGCAAUGCACCUCAACUACCCGAGGAACAACCUGGCACGUCAUCCCGUCAUUUCAUGACAGACAUUUCUGAAUUGGAUGUUUCACAAGAAACAUCUGUUUUUUCAGAGCUCUAUGAGCAAGCUUAUGCAAGGGACCCCCUAUCAUCACCUAACUGCUCAUUACCAACAUCCUCUCGGCCCCCCUUACCCACGCUACAAACAACACUACCCUCAGCAAUGUCUGGAGAUUGUGAAGGACCCCCACGACGAGUUCCACGUGCCCGAAAAAGGACAUCACAAAUUAGCCCAAGUGACAAAGCCGACAAAGCCAUUGCUGAAUAUUUUGCAAUAAAAACUCAACAAAUUGUAGCAAAAAAUCUUUCUACGGAUUAUAAAAAAGAGGGUAUUCAAAAUUUUUUGAACAGCCUCAUACCCGAUUUGAUGCAAUUCGAUGAUGCGCAGUUGAGGGUUUACAAAAGAAGAGCAUUACUUCUUAUAGACGAGGUAGCAAUAACUUCUCCGGGGCUAUUUGAGACCCCUGCACACAUUCCUUCACAAAAUAUGAAUUAAACUUAUUUCAAUUAAAACUAUUUAUUGAUCUUUAGAUUA